GCAACCAGCAUCAUCGUCAUGAACACCGCAUAAUACCCCUGCCGUCACUACAUAGGGUCCACCGCAGGCCUCAUGCCAUCCUCAAAGAGCAGGAAGGACCUCACAUCCAGCUCGCUCGAUGAGAAAGCCGCGUCUGGCAGCGGUGGCUUCACCUCCUUCUUUGGUCGCAAACGGCGCGUCGCAACCGGCUCGCCUGAGCCCUCUUCAUCGUCUGGCUCUGUGCGCGACUCGCUUGCAGUCCCUGGAGCCUCGCUCUCUAUAUCCAGUAGCCCGCUGCGCACCUCGCUUGCCAGUCGACAAUACAAAGCCUUGUCACGGAGUAUGAAUGACCUCACGCAGCUCGUCAGUCGCGACGACGUGCUAGAAGACAAGACUCUGCGGCCUGUAGAGGAAACGCCCUUUGCAGGCCAUACAAUCACCAAAUCCGGCUGGGUCAAUCGCAAGUCGAGCAAGAAGGAAGCGCAGUGGAAACUGUCGCGCAUCUAUCUGAGAGAGAGCAAGCUCUACUUCUUCAAGCCGCCGUCUGAUGUACCGUUUCGCGCCUUUGAUGUACACAUGUCCCAACGCUCAGGUCUAUCAGCCGCCCUCAUGGGCACGCAGGAGGAGCAACUCCAUCCAGCAGACUUUGACGAAUCCGUUCGAAACAUCCUCUUUGAUCUCAAGUCUACAACACCACAGCGCUUCUCGUCGAGCCAUCGACUGCAGGAAGAGGGCAGUCCACGCAUAGCGUUUAUUGUUGACGGCGAACUACUCCUCUGCCACAAGGCAGUGCACAAACGCCUCGAGGGCUGGACCCUAGAGACGAGGAUGAGUGUUUUGCACUGUGAAGCAAGCAUAUACAGUACCGGCUUUGACGAACUUCUUCAGCUGCGUUAUGCAGACUUGACGCGACGCUUCAAAUAUCUCAACCCAACACAAUUCAUCAAUGAAUUUGAGCAAGCCAUUAGACAAAGCUCCCGACCUGCAACAGCACCAAUGCUCCUUUCGCCAAAAGAAGGCUUGUUUUUUGAGGAUGGCACCCUUGUCUCUGGCACCCCCACUGCUUUGUGCAAGCAUAUACUAGAGCAUCCAGACAACCCGCAGUCCACACUCCUCUUGCAAACCAUGGGAUUCUGGCAUCCUGUACAAGAUAUUUUGGCUGAGUUUCGAAAGCACAUGACGAGCAGUCCUGCCGCUCUUGUCCAGGGCAUCCUCAAAUUUGCAUCCUCUGUUUUGCUCGACGCGCCUUGCGUUGAAGGCAUCCUAAAGCUCAUUGAACGCUGCGAGCCGUCGCAAAAAACAGCCCUCGUUGACGAUCUAUGGAAGAGACGCGCCAACCUCUUGAGUGUCAUUAGUAUGGAGUCGGCAGAGUGUCAAGCGGACGCCGCUGAUCUGCAGGAAGGUUUGACAAUCAGUGUGGUUCUCUCACUUAACCCCUCUAUCUUUGCCACGCAACUGCACCUCUUUCAUCGCUUCUUCUUUGAAGCCUGGAACCCCUCGAGCGAUGAGUCUCUCUUUUUCGCACAGCUGACACGCAAUCCACUCUUGUUUAGUGCACGGCAAAUGCAUUUCAUUACGUUUAUUGUACUUCAACAACUAUUGGACCCAUUAAUUGAUACAGAGCAGCGGGCUGCUCUUUGUAUGCAAUGGAUCAAAAUCGCUCUUGCCUCAAAGAAAGCCGGCGACAUGACGGGCUGGCUUGCGGUUGUCAUGGCCAUAUGUGCGCCUUCUGUGGCGCGUCUCACGCAGAUGUGGACACAGAUGGAUGCGCGUGUGCGCAUGACGGUCGAAAGGGAGUGGGGCUCUGUCGUGCGCGAUCUCUUCAGGCGUACACUGGGCGGAACGCUUGCAGACAUGGCCAGUGCGCAUGUCUUGGCGCCGAGUGCUGCCAAUACAACUGCUGCUGCACAUGAGAUUGUCCCAUUCUAUGGCGACCUCUGCGAUGCAGUAGACAAAAUUCGCGACGAGGCAAAGGGUGAGCAUGUUCAGCUCGAUCAAGUGGCCGCGGCGUACGAAGCAGUGACGGAUGCGCUCGACAAUUGGCAAGUCUUUCAAGAUGAGGUUGCCCUGAAAGCGUCAACGCCAAGACUAGCAAGCUUCCAGGAGUGUUUUAAGCGGCUCAAUACGCUACCCAUGGAGACCCGAGACCUCUGCAGUCCGGCACUGCUUGACACAUCCUUCCUAUGCGAGCCUAAUCUUGCAAUUGACGACUUGCACGAGAGAAAGACUUUGUGUGAGCUCCGACCUGGCACGGCAGCCUUUCUUCCUCUGCUCUUUACAGAUCUGCUUCCGACCUACCGCCUGUUUGAUCCGAGCGACUUGCUCCAAUUCAGCGAUCCGACGCGUAAGCUUCCCAGCAAAGCGACCGGUCUUCGCCGUCUCAACUCUUUUCCACCCACUCAGCGUGCAGGUCACUACACGACAGGUCUUGAUGCAUUGGACGAAACGACGCGUGCGCGCCAUGCUGCCUCCAACAGCGACUGGAAAAUGCUACGGCACCUGAAGGAUUUGACGGGCGUGCAAGACAAUCAGCUAACAGCCUCUGAUGAUUCAUUCAUCUUGCGCAAUGCUGCACAAGGCAAGCGUGCAGCAAAAGUCAGGCCUCAAAGCAUCAUUAUGGAGACUCGCAAACGCGAUUCCAUCAUUUCGCGGCGCAGCUCACUAUUGAUGGAGGAAGAGCCAGGCAGUCGUCCAGGCAGCAAACGCGGACAACGUGAAUGCGUGGUUAAAGCGGCAUCCCUUGCAAUGCUCGUUGACCUGGCAGUGUCUGACUUGACGAAUUUGAAGGACGUCACACUCCUGCCGCUGAUUGGCCCUGCCAUCAACCUGGAUCAAAUAUAUUUGGAUCGCGCGGAGUACAUCAAGAUGCUGCUCGCUUCGAUGCGCUCUUAUUGUGCACCUCAUGAAUUUAUGCAGCAACUCACUGCACGCGCAAGUCUCCAUCCAGUCGGCGUCUUCCAAGUUCUCACGUCUUGGCAAACACACUUUGCAAGCGACUUUUUCAGUACCGCAGUACAGGAUGCCUUUGUGCCGCUGCUUGCAGCACUGCCUGCAGACGACGCAAAAGAACUUAGAAGGCAGUUGUUGAAAAUACACCACACGCCCAGCGCCUGGCCUUGGCUUGAGCCAGCAGAAGCGCCAUUUCACAUUACUUUUGAAUCUUCAUCAGACGACGCUGCCAGAGUACUCACUGCACUUGACUCUCUAAUCGAGGCAGUUCUGGAAACGGCCACCUUAGGCGACUGGAUGCGCUAUUAUGAAUUGCUUGAAUUCGAAUCGCUCGACCCCAAAGCCUUCUUUAUGCCACUCGACUACACCGGCAGUCACGACUUGCAGAUUGCUGAUUGCGCAUCGUUGCUACAACAUCUCAACAAGUCUGGCACAGAAGAGCCUCUUGUGAAUUUCUUCCCAUCACCAAUCCGCGUCCUGUUUGACGUGCACAUGCAUAUGAGAGACUGGGUCGUUGCCCAAGUAACGGACCCGACCAUUGAACCUGCUCUACGCAGCAAUCGAAUAACCUUUUUCUUGCAAAUGUUGGCCAUUAGUGGCGCUCGCAUGCGACCAUUUGACAUUGUCUCUGGCACAGAAGAACAAAAGAUCCAAAUUGUUCCCUCCUUUGCAGCUUCUGCUAUUGCUGCUGGACUUGUUCAUCCCACUAGUCGCGCCUUCUCUCUUGCUUGGUCACAGAUCUCAGAGACGCUUGGCAAUGGCGACUACUGCGGCAGCAUCAUGGAACUCGUCUCACGCGUGCAAGUGGAAAUAACUGACGGACCGCUCGUGCCUUGUACAUGCUGGUUGACCGAGCGCAUGCUCGAAAUUGCUUGCUGCUUGCCAGAUACACUCAUCACGAGCCCACAUUUGCUCAACUUUGACAAGAGGCAGUACAUUUACAAUCUGCUCGCCAAUCUGGACUUGCUUGGACCCUUCACUUCAAGACCCGACACUGGCAAUGACUUCAGGUUUCUGCUUGUACCCGUGGAGAGCCACGAACUACGUGCCGUGCGCGAUGCUGCCAAUAAGGAGAAUCAGCAAAAGCGGCUUCACCGCGUCUUUGGCAAUUUGAUUGUCUUUGAACAGGAAAAGAUUCGUCGAGAUCUCAAGCAACGAGAGAUCGUGGAGCGGCUGCUCAAAGAGUCUCGCAGAGCGGCGCAGCGCAAGCAAAUGGAACUCCAACGCUCGCUCGAAGCAUCGCGUCGACCCUCGGCAACACGCUCUCGCUAUGGCAUGAACAGCCUGCUACGUGCUGUACGGCCAUUAUCGGUUGCCAUUACUGGAUCAUGGGCGGAAAAGAUGCCGAUUGUACGCACUGUACCCCCUGCAGAAUUGCCAGAGACUUGCAGUAUACGCGAGGGGACCAAGCCCGUGCUGACUGCGGAUCUCGUCAAGGCGCAUAUUCGCCUAAUCAGCAAGUAUGAUUUCACCUUUAUGAUUCGUUCUGAGGACGGCAUCGAGACCUACGUUCAAGCACCUACGCUGCAUGAAGCAGAAGAAUGGGUCAAGAGGCUGACUUGGGCAUCCAUCGACGGUGCUCGCAAGCGGCAGAGCAUGAUGCUGGAAGACCGCAAACGGCCAUUUGAGGUACCGCAAUUCAGUCCACGCAACUCGCAAGUGCUCAAUGUAUCGACAGCCAUGUUUGGCGUCAAUUUAGAUGUGCUUUGUGCGCGCGAAGACUGUUCCAUUCCGCGCAUAGCGCUGCAACUCAUGGACGCUAUUGAGAGAAAAGGCCUUGACGAGGUUGGCAUCUAUCGCAUAUCUGGUUCGCUUGCCACAGUCAAUAGGCUCAAGCAGUGUUUCGAUACAGGUAGGCCGGUCGAACUGGAAAACGAGCAGUGGUCAGACAUACACGCCAUCGCUGGUGCAUUCAAGCUGUGGCUGCGCGAGCUGCCGGAGCCAGUCAUGACUUAUGACUUGUAUGCCGACUUCCUUGCAACAGUGGACAUCAAGGAUCCAACAGGCAAACACGCAAAACUCAGAGACUUGAUUUACAAGUUGCCGGCCCCCAAUUUUGCAUUGCUGCGACGGCUGCUUGAACACUUGCAGAAAAUCACGGACUAUGAGUCUACCAACCACAUGUAUGCUCACAAUUUGGCCAUUGUCUUUGGGCCGAAUGUUUUGCAGCCGGUGCCCUCUGCCAUGUCGUUUGCCAAUAGCAUGAAUGACCUUGGCAAAGUGCAGACCGUGAUGCGGAACUUGAUUUUACAAUAUCACGAUGUGUUUGGGGCUGCGGAUGAGGAAAUUGAGGACGUGACUGACGAAGAGGCCCGGAGUCUGACUUCGUCGUCCGGGAGCAACUUGCUGCCGGCUAUUCUUGAGGGAUAGGAAGCGAAGAGCGAUUGAUUGAAAUUGUAGUACUUGAGUUCAGCGCUGCAUGCUUUGUAGACAUAUGUAUUG